CCCCGUCCCCGUUUGCCCGAUUCGAUCCCGAGCAGAACGGUGAAAGACUAGGGCACUACAUAGGUAUCGGCGGCUCAGGAAAUUCAAAGAUGUGUUCUUCACUUGCGUUUCGCAAUGCUUCUUUUCGAUGUUCCGUAGGCUCGGGAACGGUAGCAAAUCUGCGCUCGUCCCGGCCUUUCUUUUGACGAGCUUGAUAUGAGAAAAGGAGAACCCUUGGUCCUCCCCCCUCUCUCUGUUACAACCAUACCCCCUCCUCCUCACUCUCUUUUCUCGGCCCCUUCCAUAGGCGAAGACGUCUGUCAAAGACGACGACAGCCACCACGCUCCUUAGCAUGCGGAACUCCACGCUCUUUUCAUUUACUCUUCUGCUGGCUUCGGCCUUCAUUGUCGUUCGGGCGGACGAUCCCGACGGAGUAUGGGGCUGGGCUAGCUUCACCCCUCAGACGGGAUACAAGGAAACCACCUUCCCCGUCCAGGGCACGUCCAACCUGUUCGGCUACAUCGAUGAUACGUACGACGCCUCCAAAAUCAAGCGCGUGAUUCUGCAGAUCCACGGUCACGGUCGAGACUGCUGGAACUACGCAAAGCACACCAGUAAGGCUCGCGACGAGGCAGCAGAGACGAUGGGGCUGGACCCCACAACGGUUCUCUCAAUCGCACCAGAAUUUCUCGGCAUCGGCGACAUGAAGUCAGGCAGCUUCAAGGCUUCAGACAACUACCUCUGCUGGCUCGGUGACGACUGGAGCGGCGGCUAUCAAAACAUCCCCGACUGCACGCCUGGCACUACGAACGUCACUUCGUUCCAAGCAAUGGACGCCUUGGUCGCUUGGUCGAGCGACAAGUCGCGAUUCCCCAAUGUCGACACCGUCGUUGUCAGCGGCCACUCGCUGGGAGGCCAAUACGUGAACCGAUAUGCCGCGCUCGGAAAGCCGCCGCAGACGGACGGUGUCGAUCUUGAGUACUGGGUCGGCAAUGCCGCUUCCUAUCUCUACCUCACCGACGCAAGACCUGCGAGUCGUGCCGAUCUUCAAGAUUGCCCAACCUACGACGACUACAAGUACGGCCUGACGACGCUUCGCACCGUGCUGGGUGCCUACGCGCCAACGUCUACUGGUCCUCUCGCAUCGCAAAUCUGGAACACCUACAUCUCGCGCAAUGUGCACACGGCACUAGGGCUGGCAGAUGCAGGUUCUGGCAACUUGGGCUGCGAAGGCCUGGUCCAGGGCAAGUCUCACCUGGAUCGUGGUCUGGGAUACAUGAACUUCAUUCAGAGGUUCGCAGGUGGCCUGCCCCUCAGCCACACCGUCGACUACUUCCCAGGUGUACAGCACAAUGCCGGCAAGAUGCUCACUCAGCCCACAUCUCUCAAACGUCUCUUCUUUGACCGAAGCUCGGGCGGCACCACGCAGCCCAGCCUGGACGGUGGCAGCAUCAUGAAUGGCACCGUACUCAAGUUCUGGUCGACCUCAGGCCGAGUCUCGGCAAAGCAGCUGGCUGCACUGGGACAGCACGUCGUCCAAAAAAAGGUGUCUUCAGGUGCUACAGCCUCUAGUGCGCAUUCGUCACCGAAUGCGACUUCGUCGCCAUUGUCGCAGGGUACUGCGCGACAGGGCGUCACCUUGACUCCUUCAUCAGCGUUAGCGGCACUGCCACUAGCCGUGCCCUCUCUCCUCGCUCUCUCACUCGCCUCGGUCCUCCUUCUCGUCGCUACCUUCUGAGAGGAGCAUGCUUAGCACUGCCUCUAUACCAUUGAUGCUCGCUUGUACUCUAAAUUUUGCUUUCUUCCCGGACUAAGUCGGGAUGUUGGCCUACAUGUCACUGUCGUGUUGAAUUAUAUGUCUUGUGCCAUUAUACAGA